CCAUUGUCUUCUUUUCUUAAUCAUUUCCAUUUGUUCACCAGACAGUUUUUUUCAUCUUCCCAUUCCUCAGAACCAUCAUCAUUCACUCAGUCAGGCAAAGCAGAAUGAUACCUUUUAUAGACUCACUCAUACAAUUACUUGCGACUAUUUCUGCGUCUUUGCUACAGCUGAUCAUAUAUUCAUGGAAGGGCCUGUGGUCCAUGAUUGUGGACCGUAAUCUUGUAGAUCGUAUGACGAACGAGCUUGCACAUUCCAAAAACUUUGAUGAGUGGCUGGCCAGAGCCACCGAGCUUGACAUCCUCACUGGGUCUGAUGUAUGGCGUAACAAUCACCGAUCCAAUAUCUAUGAUUACAACUUGAUUCUCUCACGGAGACAUCACCUCAAGCUUGUUAGAGAGUCCAAAGAUGUUUCAGCCAUGAUGUACCUACUCCGUUCCGGACUACUCCGGAACUUGGGUGGGAUUACAGACCCACGACUCUUUUGCCACUCUUAUCUAGGCACGAAGCAUUUGAUCGAGUCGUAUAUGGAUGAAGUAGUCUCACAGCUUGAACAUGUAGCCGAGACUAGCCACGCUACACUCUCAAGACAGGCAAAAAUAGAUUUUUUCAUGGAAACAAGACAGAGCUUUGGAAGUUCUGCGCUUCUACUUCAUGGAGGUGCUUCAUUUGGCAUGUACCAUUUGGGUGUGGUCAAGACUCUAUUUGAACAUGGACUUUUACCUCGCAUCAUUAGUGGUGCUUCCGUGGGUGCCUUGGUGGCAGCAUUAGUUUGCGUCAAAACGGAUGAAGAAUUGCCUAGUAUUUUCGAGGAAGGCGGCAUUGAUCUCCGGGCAUUUCAGCGUGUUGGAGUCAGGGGUAACCUGAGCCGAAAGAUCACGCGUCUAAUGACUGAAGGAUAUCUUAUUGACAUCAAAGUUUUACAGGAGUGUAUUCAGACCAACGUUGGAAAUUUGACAUUUGAUGAAGCAUUUAAAAAAACGAAGCGUGUCCUCAAUAUCACGGUGCCCUCAUCACGGAAGUCUGAAGGCCCAAAACUUCUUAACUACAUCACAUCCCCUAAUGUUCUGAUUAGUAGCGCAGCGUGCACGUCGGCUUCAAUGCUGGGAUUCUCUUCUGCUGCGGAUCUUCUAGCUAAGGAUAAAUCCGGUCGAAUUAUUAGAUGGACUCCAUCAGCCGUUAAUUACACAAACUCCACUACCCCUUCAUUCUUUUCAUAUGGGGCAGUAAGUCCCGAGACGCCCCUAACCAGACUUUCCGAGCUGUUUAACGUCAAUCAUUUUAUUGUCUCACAAGCAAACCCUUACAUUGUCCCAUUCCUAUCACGCGGUUUGAAGGAUCGAAAGUCUGGUCGAUCUGAUCGGUUUGGUUACUCUGCAGGAAUGAUGGAGCGGAUUGCAAGAGUCAUCUUGGAGGAGAUUAAGCAUAGAAUGGGCCAGCUGAACCAAAUAGGGAUUCUUCCUCAUCUUUUCGUGCAGCUAGUGGAGGAAAAGGUAUCUGGAAACGUUACAAUCGUCCCUGAAGUCCAGCUUCAGGACUUCUUGACCUUGAUCUCAAAUCCAACCCACGAGUCAAUUCAGUACUGGAUUCUCAAGGGUGAGCAAUCGACUUGGCCCUUCUUGUCAAUGCUCAAAUACAGGCUGAUGAUUGAACUUGCUUUGGACCGAAUUUUAUUACAACUAAGAGCCGAAGCAUCUGCUUCAGCCAUUCAGGCUGGGAUUCAGGGACAACAAUACUCUAUUGGGGUCAGAAGUGCACACCAUCGAAGGCAAAAAUCAGGACCAAAGCGAUUAACACCUCACUCAGCUUCACCGGCCGUCACCAGGCGUGGGAGUAGUGCUAAUAUUGUCGGAGCCAUGACUGGAAUAGGCAACGGAGUUGGGAAUGAUUAUGUCUCACAUCGACUAAUCCGUAUGACCAGCAAUGUACAGCCAGGAGAGCAUGACUACCUAAGCAUGAGUCAACUCCAUCAGCAAACGCAACGAAGUGUGCAGCAGCGACAGCAAGGUGACACACUGCACGAGCAUCAUGAAGAACCUGGCUCGCCUGAUCCGGGGUACCCUGUUCCACUCUACGACUCCAAACGGUCAAAAUCCAUGCAUUAAGUCAAUUCUCACCACUCUUGCCAUCAGCUUUACGGAUGAUAUUAUGAUGUACCAUCUUUAUUUUUCUAUUUUACAUUAAGGUACAGGUUGAGCACAAUACUCAGUAUAUUCAUUCUUUAGAUCCCUACACCUGCUCUGGAAUGGCCCAUUAGUAGAAUACAUGGUUCUUCAUUAUUAACUUUAUAGAUCCCUCCCCUUGAGUUCAAUCCACUGAUGUUGAUAGUCUCAUCAAAUGACAAAAUGCAUGCACCGAAAGGGGGAAAAAAUUAUAAAGAAAUGAAUAUAAUACAAUUCAAACAUGCGCAGGAUUAAACGAGAAUAGCAAAGAUAUACAAAAUAGAUAUCCGAAUGAGAAUAAAGA